UCAUCCAACUCUUCUGCUCCUCAAAACAACAUGGCCAAUCUCCUUUUUCUUGUAUCACAGUACGAAAUCCUGGAGAAGAUAGCUCAGUACCUCAGUACCUUAGAUCUCUUUCAUUUGGCCUCAACAUGCUCAGAGCUCUAUACCAAUAUCCGUCAAAACGAAUCGAUAUUUGAGCACCUGAAAUGCCUAGCCUUGUGUGACGGCAACGGCCUCAAAGCGCGUCAAGAAUUUCGAUCACUCUACGGCUUGUGCGAGGGACUUGAUUUUGCUCGGGGAAAAUGGGGCAGAGCCGUUUAUGAUGAAGAGCUCGAGGUUAGAGUUUGGAACCUCAAAUGCGAUGCUGUGAACGCACUGCCCUGCCUCAGGUGUCGUGUGAACGUUUGCGAGGAAUGCCGAUAUGUGCCUCGGGUUCGAGACACUCCACCCUGGCGUUCUCGUCGGAGGCCACAUCUUGAUCCAGCACUUCAAAGCCAUACCAUAAUUUGUUACUGUACCGUUUGUGAUGAGAAGGUUGAACGUAACCUUCCGCCGUAUCUUUCAGACACCUGUGACUGUGAUCAGUAUACUCGGUGGAUUUGUUUGCCCUGUAAACUCAAAGAAGAGCUCCCAAACCAAGAAUACUUUAGAACGAGAACAAAGGGGAGUUACGAGUGGGAUGGCGAUCCAAAUGAAGGCAUGUGGCUUGACGACAAUCAGGAUGAGAGAGCUUUUUGGUGUCCCUGUGGGGAAAGGGCUCCGAAGGACGGCAACAUUCGUUGCGCAUGGUGCAUGAGAAAACAUAAGCAUCGAGAUACGUGGUUCCAGGAGGAUGCUUCCAAAAUACCCUUCUUCGACGAUGAUCCCUGCUAUCCGAAAAUUGUUCUUGACCCUCAGACAGCAGAUCAAAUAAUGUACCCCAAUUUGGGCUACACCGGAGCUAUUGCACCGUGAAACAUUUAGGGAUAUCAGCCUUAGAUCAGUAGUAGUUGGGUGAGUGACCACCAGAGAAGACCUACUGCUGUACCUACGUCUGUUUCUUCUUCUGCACUUUUCUUUUAGUAAAGCAAACUUAAGGCUGCUGAAAACUCCGCAGUUUUACGGUGCAGGGCCUGUGUUCGCGCCCAUUUUUACACCCCUCAUUGGCAUUAUCUUGCUGUUGGUCUGUCGCUUGGAUCAAGCUUCAUGAUCUUGCGGAGAAGUUGUCUAUCUUCCACCGAAAGUUCCGGAUCCUCCGCCAUGGAGAAUGGGUUUGAGUUUUUGGUGAGUAAGAGCUAUUGCUAUUGAUGGUGAUUGUGAGAGUU